AUGGUUGGAAGGAUGUCACGCAAGAAUAAGCAGAUGUCGCAAAGCACAGAAGGAAACCAAGAACCUUCACAACAAAAUGUGAACCAACAACGAUCACGGCAUAACUCUACCAGCGUUGAGUUGUCACAAUCCGCUCUGGCAUCACCUUUGAGCAAUCCUGCAAAUUUUGAAGUUUUUGAUUGCUUCAGUGCUGGUACUGGCAGUGCUACUGAUGCUGGGCUUUACGGCGAUUCGACUACUGAUGCCAACAGGUCAAAUGACUUCCAAUCAGGUCUGAACUUUGACUUCAAUAUGGAUCACAUGGCACUCGACAUAAUAGACAUGGACGGUGAUUCAACCAUACAUGCAAGCGGGGGACUACCGCUACAGCAAUUUCCUCCUAGCCCCGAAUGUUCGAGUUCCUCAGUAGCUGCAUGCAUGGCAUCUGCCACAAGAAAGAUUCAGUUCGACGGUCGCCAAUUCCCUCAUGUUGCAGCACUGUCCAAGAUCAUACUCAUACUCGAACACCACGUCCGAUCCAACACGCAUUCCAUCGACGAGAUUCUGCGCGUUAACAAAGCAUGCUUGACAGAUCUAGCCACUAUAAUGGACCAGGAGGAGUACAAAGCUUGCAGUAGCUGUUGUAUGACUGUGUGUUCAGUGCUGGAUCUCAUACUGGUGCUUUUUGAAGACAUGGUUCAAGACCAGGCAUGGAGUCACCGACGAAACUCAGCAACGGCGUCACCGGUUCUUCAGUUUGGUGUGUUUGAGCUAGACCCUGAAGAGCAGAUCUCGAUGGCAAAAAGGAUACUGCAUAAGGAGGUUCAGCGAGCUUUGAUGAAGAUUGUUCAUGAAUUCUCCAAGGAUGUUCGUGGAACUGGAGCUGACGGUCAGAAAAAGCUUGUGGCUCAGAUGGGCGCGAUGUUGAUAACUAGGGGUGAACACCUUACUAAAAGUCUAGACAGCGGAUCUACUUAG